AUGGCCAGGAAGAACUGCUUAGUGAAGAACCUGGAGGCUGUGGAGACCUUGGGAUCCACGUCCACCAUCUGCUCAGACAAAACUGGAACUCUGACCCAGAACCGGAUGACAGUGGCCCACAUGUGGUUCGACAACCAAAUCCAUGAGGCGGACACGACAGAGAAUCAGAGCAGUGUUUCAUUUGACAAGACUUCGGCCACCUGGCUUGCUCUCUCCAGAAUUGCAGGUCUUUGUAACAGGGCCGUGUUUCAGGCUAACCAGGAUAACCUGCCUAUCCUGAAGCGGGCUGUAGCAGGUGAUGCAUCCGAGUCUGCUCUCCUAAAGUGCAUUGAGGUCUGCUGUGGUUCUGUGAAGGAGAUGAGAGAGAGAUAUGCCAAGAUCGUCGAGAUCCCGUUCAACUCCACUAACAAGUACCAGUUGUCCAUCCACAAGAACGCCAAUGCAGGUGAGCCCCGGCACCUACUGGUGAUGAAAGGUGCUCCGGAAAGGAUCCUGGAUCGCUGCAGCUCCAUCCUCAUCCAUGGCAAGGAGCAGCCCCUGGACGAGGAGCUGAAGGAUGCCUUUCAGAAUGCCUACCUGGAGCUGGGCGGCCUCGGAGAGCGGGUACUGGGUUUCUGCCACUUGAUGCUGCCAGAUGAGCAGUUUCCCGAAGGCUUCCAGUUUGACACCGACGAUGUGAACUUCCCUGUUGAUAAUCUCUGCUUCGUGGGGCUCAUCUCCAUGAUUGACCCGCCACGGGCUGCUGUCCCAGAUGCUGUGGGCAAAUGCCGGAGUGCUGGAAUCAAGGUCAUCAUGGUCACUGGAGACCAUCCCAUCACUGCCAAAGCCAUUGCCAAAGGUGUGGGCAUCAUCUCAGAAGGUAAUGAGACUGUGGAAGACAUUGCUGCCCGCCUCAACAUCCCAGUGAGCCAGGUGAACCCCAGGGAUGCCCGGGCCUGUGUGGUGCACGGAAGCGAUCUAAAGGACAUGACUUCCGAGCAGCUGGAUGACAUUUUGAAAUACCACACGGAGAUUGUGUUCGCCAGGACCUCUCCGCAGCAGAAGCUCAUCAUUGUGGAAGGCUGCCAGAGACAGGGUGCCAUCGUGGCUGUAACUGGAGACGGUGUCAAUGACUCCCCGGCUUUGAAGAAGGCAGACAUUGGGGUUGCCAUGGGGAUUGCGGGCUCAGACGUGUCUAAGCAAGCUGCUGACAUGAUUCUCCUAGAUGACAACUUUGCCUCAAUUGUGACUGGAGUAGAGGAAGGUCGUCUGAUCUUUGAUAACUUGAAGAAAUCCAUUGCUUAUACCCUCACUAGUAACAUUCCUGAGAUUACCCCCUUCCUGAUAUUUAUUAUUGCAAACAUUCCACUCCCUCUGGGAACCGUCACCAUCCUCUGCAUCGACUUGGGAACGGACAUGGUCCCUGCCAUCUCCCUGGCUUACGAGCAGGCUGAGAGCGACAUCAUGAAGAGACAGCCCAGAAACCCCCAGACAGACAAACUCGUGAAUGAGCGGCUGAUCAGCAUGGCCUACGGGCAGAUUGGUAUGAUCCAGGCCCUGGGGGGCUUCUUCACUUACUUUGUGAUCAUGGCUGAGAACGGCUUCCUCCCAAAUCACCUGCUGGGCAUCCGAGUGACCUGGGAUGACCGUUGGAUCAACGACGUGGAGGACAGCUAUGGGCAGCAGUGGACCUAUGAGCAGAGGAAGAUUGUGGAGUUCACCUGCCACACGGCCUUCUUUGUCAGUAUCGUGGUGGUGCAGUGGGCUGACUUGGUCAUCUGCAAGACCAGGAGGAAUUCCGUCUUCCAGCAGGGGAUGAAGAACAAGAUCUUAAUAUUUGGCCUCUUUGAAGAGACAGCCCUUGCUGCUUUCCUUUCCUACUGCCCUGGAAUGGGUGUCGCCCUGAGGAUGUAUCCCCUCAAACCUACCUGGUGGUUCUGUGCCUUCCCCUACUCUCUCCUCAUCUUCGUGUAUGACGAAGUCCGAAAGCUCAUCAUCAGGCGACGCCCUGGCGGUUGGGUGGAGAAGGAGACCUACUACUAG